UGCGUAUGACUUAAACAACAAUCACGGUGACAUUAUUAAAACACUAAUUAGUCAUGGAUGAUAAAAAAACAUAUAAAUUGUUGGACGGUAUUAACCCCGAAGAUAUCGUUAUUUCUGGUAUUAGUGGCAGAUUUCCAGAUUCAGACAACAUGAAUCAGUUGCGAGAAAAUCUAUUUAAUAAAGUCGAUCUUGUUAGAGCAAAUCAUGAUCGAUGGGAAAUAGAUUGUCUUCCGGAUAUAACAAGCCGUAUGGGAACAAUCAAUAACAUCAAAAAAUUUGAUACACGUUUUUUUCAAUUACCUUUCAAUCAAGCUCACAUACUUACGCCUGAAGUGAGAUUGUUAAUGGAACAUUCUUAUGAAGCAAUUAUCGAUGCGGGAGUUAACCCAAAACAAUUACGAGGAAAAAAUACUGCUGUAAUUAUGGGGUCAUAUUUAAUUGAAACGCAAAACAAAUUUUUAUAUGAGAAAGCUCAGUUAAGCGGUCUGAAUAUUAUUGGAUGUAGCAAAUCUACAACAGCGAACAUGAUAUCAUAUUACUUGGAUCUGAAAGGACCAUCACAUAUAAUCGAUACAGCCUGCAGUUCUAGCCUUUAUGCCGUGGCACUUGGUAGCAAUUACAUUAUGUCAGGAUUAUGCGAAGACGCGAUAGUUGGGACUGCAAAUCUAUGUUUUAGUCCAACUAUUAAUCUUUUAUUUACACGACUUGGUGUUUUAUCACCUAAUGGUCAUUGCAGACCUUUUGACAGCGCUGCAAAUGGUUUUGUACGGAGCGAAACAGUAGCAGUGAUAUAUCUUCAAAAAGCAAAGAAUGCAAAAAGGAUUUAUGCUACAUGUCCACAUAUUAAAGUAAAUAACGAUGGUUAUAAAGAAGAAGGAAUAACAUUCCCAUCGUCUUUUAUGCAGAGUACUCUAUUAACGGAAUUUUACAAUGAGUGCGGAAUACCGACAUCUUGCUUGGAUUAUAUUGAAACACAUGGUACCGGUACGAAAGUUGGUGAUCCUCAGGAAAUUAAUGCAAUGAAUGUUUUGUAUAAAAAUAGAGAAACUCCUUUAAUGAUUGGUUCCGUGAAAUCUAAUCUCGGUCAUUCUGAACAAGCGAGUGGCAUGGUUCAGAUUGCUAAGACAAUAAUAGCAUUUGAAAGCGGUUUUGUUCCUCCAAAUAUUAAUUAUACAACACCACGGAAUGAUAUAGAUGCCCUAAUAAAUAAAACUGUUUGUGUCACCGAAAAACCGAUGCCACUUAAAAACGGUUACGUAGGUAUCAAUUCUUUUGGUUUCGGAGGAGCUAAUGCUCAUAUAUUGUUAAAGUGGAAUAACAAACAGAAAGUUAGCAAUGGAGCAAACAAUGAUAACUUGCCCAAUCUUGUGACAUUAUCUGGACGUACUGAAGAAUCAGUAAAGUCUUUUUUAAACGACGUUAUUAGUUAUUCAAAAGAUGUAGAAUACAUGCGUUUGCUACACGACAUCCAUGCAGACAAGAUAGAGGGUCACCCAUGGAGAGGAUUUAUUAUACUUAAUAGUAAGCAAGAAUUAACAAAGGAAAUUCGAAACUGUGAAAGCAUGAAAAGACCUAUUUGGUUUAUAUUUUCUGCUCUGGGCACUCAAUGGCCAGAAAUGGGACAAAAUUUACUGAAAUUUGAAGUUUUUGCAAAUACAAUAAAAAUAUGCGAUAGUACUUUAAAACCAUACGGUAUAAGUGUUACUGACAUCUUAACAAAAACAGAAAAAAUGUGCGAAAAUGCUUUAUGUGUGUUUCUUGGUAUCGUCGCUAUUCAGAUUGGCUUAGUGGAUCUCUUGACAUCCUUAGGAAUUAUUCCGGAUUACAUGAUUAGUCAUUCUGCUGGUGAACUCGGUUGCGCCUAUGCUGAUAAAUGUCUCACCACUGAACAAACCAUUUUGUCAGCAUACUUUAUAGGUUUGGCAUGUGUCGAAGGAAAAGUAAUUCGUAGCUCGAUGGCACUUGUCAAUCUUAAUUAUGAAAGCCUAAAAAAUAUGUGUUUAACGGAUAUUGAAAUAAUAUGCCGCAAUAGCGGAAAUAGCAGCGUUGUGUGUGGUCCCACAGAAUCCAUACAAAAAUUUAUUAAAAAAUUGCAGAAUAAUAAUAUUCAUGUGAAAGAAAUCUACUGCAAUGUACCAUAUCAUAGUUCUUAUCUCGCAUCCGUAAAAAUUCAACUUCUGUCAAAUUUAAACAAUAUAAUACCACGGCCGAAGAAACGGAGUUCAAAAUGGAUCAGUUCCUCAAUACCUUAUACGGAAUGGUUUACUUCAGCAUCAAGUUUAUCAUCGGCGGACUAUCAUACGCGUAGUAUAUUGAGCACCGUUCUCUUUGAGCAAACAACGCAGCUAAUUCCAAGUAACGCUGUGAUUGUCGAAAUUGCACCAGACAGCGUUUUGCAAAACGUUUUGAAAGAAUCCUUGCAUCCGAAAGUAGCAAACAUUGUACUAAACAGACGGAUUGAACAAAAUAUUGAAGUAUUUUUACAAGGAAUUGGGAGACUCUACAAUUAUGGUUUACAACCGCAAAUCGCCAAUCUAUACCCACCAGUGGAAUUUCCAGUUAGUCGAGGAACUCCGAUGAUCUCUCCAUCGAUUAGAUGGAAUCAUUCUGAAGAUUGGUUUAUAAUGGACCAUAAAAUAGAAAAACAUACAGAAAGAGAAAUGUACAUUGAAAUUUCACUCAAUGAUAUAGAUUACGAUUAUAUGGCCGGACAUGUAAUAGAUGGAAGAAAUUUUUUGCCCGCGACAGGUUAUCUUACAAUUGUAUGGCAAACUAUUGGCAUGAUGAAAGGAUUAAUGUACCCAACAGUACCAAUAAUAUUUCGAGAUGUAAAGUUUAAUCGUGCUACUUAUUUGACAAAAAAUAAUACUAUAAUAUUAAAAAUUGCAAUACAGAAAGAUGGAAAAUUUGAAAUAACCGAAGAUAAUAGCGUUGUGGUAACAGGCACAGUGUACGGUACACCGAAUCCAGAACAAGAAAUGACUUCGACAGAUUCAUUAUCAGAGAAUUAUGAUGAAGAAGAACAAAUGAUGACCCGAGAUAUCUACAAGGAGUUGAAACUCCGCGGUUAUCAAUACAGUGGAUGGUUUCGUGGAUUAAAGAGUGCAUCUGUUUCAGGCAAUAAAGGACAUAUUAUUUGGAAAAAUUGGGUAACGUUUAUGGAUGCCAUGCUACAAAUGCGUCUUAUUGGAUACGAUACUAGGGAUUUGUAUAUUCCUACGAGUAUUCAAAAACUGCUGAUUAAUCCUAAACUUCAUAUUUCAAAGCUACGAGAUAAUGCAGAUUACGUGAAAGAUACUAUAUUACCGGUACAUAUAUACAGAGAGAUAGACACGAUUAUAUCAGGCGGAAUAGAGAUACAAGGCCUUAAAGCUAUUCAGAUUUCUCGUCGGAAAUUAACCCAAGAGGCCGUUAUCGAGCAACAUAUAUUUACAGCUCAUCAAGAUAGUGCUUAUAUUUCUUUAAAUGAAGCGAUUCGGAUAUCAGCACAACUCGCGCUGGAAGACAAUCAAAUUACUAAAGUAAAAGCUAUUGAACUGGUAGAAGACGUCGAUGAUGUUACAUUAGAAUACCUUUCAUCUUCAUUGUUAAUUGAAGCUUUUAAGGAUGUACCAUUGAUACAAACGACUGUUACUCUAUUAACAUCGCCGAAUCGAUUCAGUUCAGUAGAUUUAUCACAAAAUAUCUUAAUUACUGAUAUAAACAAACCAAUCAUAAACGAUAAAGUUUUAAUAGUUGCCGGAUUCAAUCUUUUGUCUAAACAGCAAACUUCUUUAGAGGGACUUUUGCCAUUUCUAAAAGAGGGUGGCUAUCUGUUGACGCGUGAAAAGUGCGACAUGUAUGACUAUAGCAAGUAUCAGCAACAAUACGAAUUAAAUGUUAUUCUUAAAAAGCGCACUGAUAACGAAAUAAUUGUUCUUAUAAAGAAAAAAGUUUAUAUAAAAGAACGAAUUGUUGUUCAUAUAAGUAAUAAUAACUUUAACUGGUUAGAUGAUUUAAAGCCACUUGUAAGCGACAAAAACAAACUCGAGGAGAAUAGUAGAAUUAUAAUUGUUGGAGAAGGAGACUUUGAAUGUGGUCUGUUGGGUUUUGUUAACUGCUUGAGAAAGGAACCAGGUGGAGAACUUGUUAGGGGUGUGUUUAUUCAAGACAAAGAGGCUCCUAAAUUUUCCCUUCAAGACCCAUUCUAUUUACAGCAAUUGGAAAAAGACAUGACUAUUAAUGUAUUACGGACUAAUAAAAUUUGGGGAUCGUACAGACAUUUACGAUUACCACGACGGGAAACCGAACCUGUUCCUACCGCUCACGUUAGCCAAACGAUUUGUGGUGAUCUGAGUACAUUUUGUUGGACAGAGAGUGACAUAUCUGUCCGCUAUCGUCGUGAAGAUUUAGUACAUGUUGUAUAUUCAUCCCUUAAUUUUAGAGAUGUAAUGCUUGCUACUGGUAAAUUAGUACAUAAUAUGGCACUUUCUCGAGGACGGUUAUUUGAGCAUAUUCCUCUUGGAUUGGAAUACGUUGGAUUCGAUGUCAACGGUCAAAGAGUAAUGGGGAUUAAUGAUACUAAUUGUAUAGCAAACGUUGUUGUAAAGAAUAAAGAUUUAUGUUGGAGUAUACCGGAUGCGUGGACAUUUGAAGAAGCUGCGACAAUCCCAUGCGUAUACAGUACAGUUUAUUUCGCCUUAUACAUUUAUGGAAAAAUGAGAAAAGGCGAUAAAGUUCUUAUACACUCUGGCACUGGCGGCAUUGGACAGGCAGCUAUUCACCUCGCUCUCCAAGAAGGAUGCGAAGUGUUCACUACUGUAGGCACGAGCGAGAAACGAGAUUUUAUUAAAAAAAUGUUUCCUUCAAUUUUGGAUGAACAUAUUGGAAAUUCUCGAGAUACUAGCUUUGAACAAAUGAUAAUGCGACAAACAAACGGUCGAGGCGUUGAUAUCGUGCUGAAUUCGUUAGCAGAAGAAAAGCUAAUCACUUCCGUUCGUUGUUUGGCUCAAAACGGCCGUUUUUUGGAGAUCGGAAAGUUUGAUCUUGUUUCUAACAAUCCUCUUUGUAUUUCUGCGUUUCAGAAAGGUAUUAGCUUUCAUGGAAUUUUAUUAGAUAAUAUGUUUAUUGGUGAUCACAAGUAUAAAUCCAUAUUACGCAAAAUGAUAACCGAUGGUCUUAAGAACGGAAUCAUCAAACCUAUUCAAGUAAAAGUUUUCCCGAAAACAAAUAUUGAAGAAGCUUUUAGAUACAUGGCGAGUGGAAAACACAUGGGAAAGAUUAUUAUAAAUAUUCGGGAAAGAAAUAAAGAUUUAGAUGAGUCCAUUAUCGCAUAUCGUCGCUAUUAUUGUCUCAGAAACAAAAGUUAUAUUAUAUUGGGAGGUUUGGGUGGAUUCGGAUUAGAGUUAACAGACUGGCUAAUAUUUCGUGGUGCCAGAAACAUAACAUUGGUUUCACGAAAUGGAAUGAAAAACGGUUACCAGCGAAUGAAGAUUCGAUUAUGGAAAUCGUAUGGUGUAAAUGUGCUAAUUAUCAAGAACAUCAAUGUUGCUGAUCCCGAUGAUUGUGCAUACCUCUUGCGAACUGCUGAAAACAUAGCACCAAUAGACGCGAUAUUCAACCUCGGUGUGGUAUUGAAGGAUAAUGUACUAAAGAAUCAAACUGAGGAGACAUUUGCAGAGUCAUUUCAGUCAAAGGCUCGAGCGACGCAAAUUUUGGACAAACUUUCCAGAAAAUUUUGCUCUAACCUGAGACAUUUUGUAGUGUUCUCUUCCGUUUCCUGUGGCAGAGGCAACGGUGGACAAACGAAUUAUGGCAUGGCUAACUCUGUUAUGGAAAGGGUUUGCGAAAAGAGGGCGGAAGAAGGAUUACCCGGAUUGGCCAUUCAGUGGGGAGCUGUUGGUGAUGUGGGUCUCGUCGCUGACAUGCAGGAGAACGAUAAGGAAUUGAUUAUUGGUGGCACCUUACAACAAAAAAUUUCCUGUUGCCUUAAUGAACUUGAUAAGUUCUUACUUCAAAGCCACCCUAUUGUGAGUAGUAUGGUGGUAGCUGAAAAGGAAAUAGGAUCUUUUGGACAAGGAAGUCUAGUAGAAACUAUCGCCAGUAUUUUAGACAUAAAAGAUAUGAAAGUUGUAAGUCAAAAUACAUCUCUGGCCGAACUUGGAAUGGAUUCCAUGACGACCAUGGAAAUUAAACAAACUUUGGAACGAGAAUUCGAUAUUUUUCUAACUGUUCAAGAAAUCCGCAAUCUCAACUUUACAAAGCUUAAUAAUGCAUUCAAUAUGAACGUCAGUGACGAUAAGAUAAAAAAUAAAAAAGAUUUUGAUAUAGAAAAUAUAGAUAUCUCAAAACUUGGUUUUGUUGGUUUUGUAAGUGAUAAAGACUUCAUUACAGAAAAUUAUAUUAAUUUCUCGACUAAAAGACAGAAUACUACGACUGAAGUUUUUCUUGUACCGGGAAUUGACGGAUGUGGGACAGUAUUCGAUCAUUUGGUAUCAGAGAUUAAUUUUUCAGCAACGUCUUUACAUUAUAAUACAAAUAACAUCAACGCUGCAAACUUCAUAUUAGGGAUAAUUGAUUGUCUCACCAAUCAUGUAUUAACAAAACUAAGAGACGGAAAAGACUUUGUAAUGGUAGGAUACUCUUUUGGGUCUAUUAUUGCAAUUGAGUUGACAAGAAGAUUGGAAUCCUUGAAUUUUAAAGGCCGUUUGGUUCUUAUCGACGGCGCUCCUGAACAAAUACAAAUGAUAAGUAAACAUUUUGUAUCAGAUUUUAACAAUGAUACAGAUCUUCAGAUUAAUGUUUUAACUAUAAUUAUGAAAGUUUAUUUAUCUAUUAAAGAGGAAACUAUUGGAGAGAUUGUAACAAAAUUAAAAAAAUGUAAAACCUGGGAAGAGAGAUAUAGUAUUUUUGCCAAUCAAUUCUUAGCUUUGUCAACGUUACUUUCGCCUGUAAAUUUAAAAACGUUGUCCUCGACGGUUUACAAUCUUUUGUCUUCUCUUCAACAAUAUAAUCUUUUUUCAUCGCCGCCCAUUCAGUCUCCAAUAAUGUUAUUAAAGUCUACAUACUCAUUUACUAUUCCUGCACUUGAAGAGGAUUACGGUUUGCAAAAGGUAACUCAAAAUAUAGUAAAGGUACAUUACAUAGAGGGUAAUCAUGUGACGAUCUUAAAGAACAUGAAAGUUUUAGAUGCAAUUAACGGCGAGCCACCAUUUAUAAUUUAAAAUCUUAAUUUAUUUAUAAUUUUAUAAUUUAAAUUUAAGUUUAUUAUCAUAAUUUUAAUAUAAAUUUAUAUAAUACAAAUAUUAUGUUAUAUAUUGUGUUACAUAUUAAUAUUAUAAUAAUUAUUUUAUUACAUUAAAUAAAUGGUGCUUUUUAAUGGAAAAUUCCUAAAUUAUGCAUACCUAAAUAUCUUUUUUAACUGUUAAAUAUCUGUAACUUUGUAAAGCUUACUGUAAUACAAUCAUCAUUUUUUAAAAAAGAUAUGUAAUAAAGUCUCUAUGUUGAUUAGUUUUCUUGCUCGGUUUACUUCGUAUUGUUAAAGUAGCUGUUUAAAAAUUAAACAUAGAAAUAAAUUAUGAUUAUUAUUAAUAUAUCAGUUUGACAAUUGUGACAUUUUGAUGAAUAAUUACAAAAAACAAUUAGAAAGAAUAAUUUAUAAUAUUAAUUAUAUGAGUAUUAAGUAAGUAAAAUUUUUUAUUUUAUACACGUGCGUAUAAGUACUUGUAUAAGUAAAAUAAAAAUUUAUAACAACUCAUUCAACGUUUUGCGUCAAUAUGCACAAUUGCAAGCAACUCCAAACUUCCUGCACAAACAUAAAUAUGUAAAAUAAAGAAUUUUUAACAACUAAUUUUGACUUUUCUGUCAAAAUGUACAAGUGCAAAAAUAAUGUUUAAGACAAAUAAUGUUAAAAGAAAAUAUAUUAACAAUCAAAUCGUAAAAGCGCUCCGUUUAUUUUGAGAUAUCUAUGCGUACCUGAAUAUAACAGGAUGAAAACUUUUUUACCGACUGCUUCUGCGUUUUAUACAAAAAUGUACAAGUACAAGGACAAUCUUUAGGAGAUCAAUGACAUUAGAAAAUAAUUAUUGCAUGUUGCACACAAUAUUUUUUGUUAUCGAAAUGUUGGUCCUUGAGUAUAAAGUGAUAUGUGAGAAAAGGACUAAACAUGAAUAUAUAAAAUAAAAAAUAUUUAACAACUGCUUCUGCGUUUUGUGCUAAAAUGUAAGUGUAAGAACAAUGUCUAAGAUAAAUAAAGUUAGAAAAAAUAAAUUAUUAACAGUUGAAGUCCGGAAGCACUCGUUUUAUUCCAAAGUAUUCAAACGCACUUGAAUACUUAAGAUAAAGAAUUCUUAAUGAUUGCUUCUACGUUUUGUGCUAUAAUGUACAUGUGUGAAGACAAUGUCUAAAAGCAAUGUUAAAAAAAUCAAUAAUUAAAAAUUAAAUACUGACACUAUUCUAUUAUUGAGUUCAAAAUACUCAUGCGUACAAAUAUUUAUAAGUUUAAUUUUUGUGCAAAUGUAAAUUAGCAUCUUAUACAGCGUACUUAUCUAAAAUGAGUUCUCACCUCAUAUGUCGAAUUGAUGUCGAAUUAAUAUUAAACAAUCAUGGAAAAAAACGUUGGAAAUUUUAAAACAAGGAUUAUUUAAUAUUAUUACAGCUAUCAAUAAAUACUGUUUGCACAGUUAUUGUGAUAUAAUUGUGAUUCGCGAUCGAAAUAAUUCUCGAAAUAUUUAAAAUUUUGUUUAGUAACUUAACAAAAGGAUAUUGAUAAAAUUUGGUCAAAUAUAUGUAUUUUACAAUUUGUAUACUUUCUGCAAAUAAUGCAUGCAAUUUAUUUAUUUUUGUUGCAAUAAGUAGCUUUUUGUUACUUUAAUAAAUAUUAUUAGCAUUGAUUUGAUACAUAUUUACAUGUAUAUACAUAAUUAGAAGUCUUCUCUAAAAGCAUUUCAAUAUUUAAAUAUAAAUAAUUUUUUGUAGGAAUAAAUCUCAUUGGUGCUUUAAAUGUCAAAUUUAAUAAAUUAUUAAGAGUUAACACAUGUUUAAUUUUUUUUAAGUUUUUUACGUAAUUGAGUUUACUUAUAUAGAUAAUUUAGUACAUGUGUUAAAAUAAAUUAUUUUAACAUGUGAUUUCUUUUCACAAACUUAGGAAUAUAUGCAUUUUUUAAUAAACUUUCAUAUUAACUAAUACAUAUUACGUCAAAUAAAGUUUCGUAAAUAAGGAAAGGUUAAACAAUAAUAAAAUUACAUGCGGAAUAUUCAACAGUGUAAUAUAUUAAUUUUUUCUUUUCCAUCUUCACAAUUAAUGCAGGUGAAUACUCGCGUACAAAUUUUUUAUAUACAAGUUAUAUGAAAAGUUUAAAUUUUCAGAGAUAAAAUUUUGAAAAAAAAAAAAAAUGUUAUACAAAAGUUGUACGUUUUUAUAUGACGCAUUACAUAGCAAUAUUAUUAUGACCUUAAAUAUCAUAGUCAAGUAAAACUUUAAUUUUUUGAAUAAAGAUUUCUAUUUUCAUUGAAAUAUUCUUGCAGCUUACUUUGAAAGCUUUUUAAAAUACUGUAGUAAAGUGUUUUUUUGAGUGUUUUUUUAUUAAGUUCUUUGUAAGUUAUAAUGUAUGAAAGUUACGCCGGCAUUAGCAUUAGCCUAACCUAAAAUAUACCGCGUGAAGAUUGCACGGUCAAAUUUACAUCUUUGUAUGAGACACACACACAUAAUAUUUUAUUUGCUAUUUUUAAGUAAUUGGAAAUAUAAGUACAAGAAUCUAUAUAGAAUACGUUUUCUCCUUGGAUAUAAAAUCUGUAUAAAGUAUAGGUUCUCUUGUACUUAUAUUUCCCAUUACCUAAAAUUAAAAUUUUAAAAACAUUUUUGUUACAUUUUAUUAUAUUUUAUAUGACAUUUUGUAAAAUCUUUUUAGAAUUAUUGUACAUAAAAUUGUAAAAAGUUGAAAUCUUUUUAAAAAUUUUCCUCAAUAAUCGGUGCUAUAUAACUUAAGGAUUAAAUACAAGCGAUUAAUGGUAUAAUUAUAUAAGUAAUCGCAUCCGCAUUUGUGACCUAUGUGUCUUAGAAUUAAGUUUUUAUGCCCAAGAAAAAACGUAUAAAACAGAAAUCGAAUUAAUGGUUUUUUAAAGACUUUUUUUAUGCGUGUAAAAAAUACAUUUAUAAUUUCAUGUCUAUUAGUAACGAAUAGUAAAUAUCUACAGUUACUAUUCACACCAAUAGUAAACUAUUAAAGAUUCCAUUAGUAAUAAAUAGUAAAUGCCUAUAGUUACUAUUCAUUUCAAUAAUAAACUAUUGACGAUUCCAAUAGUAAUGUCCGAAUUUACUACUUGAAAUUUCAAAUAGUUCUCUCAAUAGUUUCGAAUAGUUAUUUUUCAAUAGUUUUUAAUAGUUUUUUUCCGUACAGGUUACUACGAAGAGGUGAACGUGAAUAAGAUUCACUUGUGUUUUUGUUCUUUUAUUCUUUGUAUUUUUUAUAUUUAAAUUUUUAUUUUUUUUGUACUUUUUAUGUAUUGCAUACUUAGUUUUUGUUUAUAAAAUACGUAGUUUGGGAAAAACAUACUGCAAAGAAUUUUACUAUAAAUAUAACUGAUUAUUAUCUAAAAAAAAUUAAAGAAAAUAAUGUACGAUUUCACAAAUUGAGUAAAGUUGAUAAGAAGAGAUAUUGUUCGAAUACAAAAUGUUAAAUCCGAAUUUAGGCAUACUAUGAUAGGUGCACUAAAUAAUAUUUUUGCAAAACUUGUUUUGACGAUUUGCAUAACUUAAAAUAAAGAAAAAAAAGGAAAGAAGUAUAAAUAUAUAAGUGAGACAAAGAUAAGUAUUCAAUAAAUAAAAAAAUAAAAAUUUAAAACCAACAAAUAAAAAAUAAAAAACCAGUAGACGGCUAAGAAACGUAAAAAAAUAGAUGUAUCCGUGAGUGCAUAAUUGCAAACGCACAAGCAUUUGUACGCACGUAUACAUAGAAAUAUUCUUGCAUAAAUAGUGUUGCGCGCCGCGCGUCGCUCGGUAUAUUGCGCACUGCCAGUCAGUUGUGGAACCGGUCAAUAAUAUCGAUCGGCCGGUUGCCGGGAAAUAUUGCCGGGUAAACUAAAAUGUGAUAGUCAGUUUUGUGCCGGACUCCUGCCGUGGAAGACGCUCUGUAAAUUUGUUUCCAUUUUCGAAAUAAAGUUGGUGUUCCUGUGAAAUCUCGCCUUCUUUUUCGCGAGUGAGUGCGCGUAUGAGUGAGAGAAGGAGCGUCUCGACGCAACAAUAUAUAUAUAUAUAUAUUUGUAAAAAGCAACUACUUUUUGAUUGCGUUUAACGAUUAUCAAAAAUAAUAAUUAAAACCAUGGAUAAUAAGAAAACAAGUGGAUUGUGGAAUUGACUCCGGCGAAGAAAUCGUUAUUUCUGGUAUUGCUGGCAGAUUUCCUGAUUCGGACAAUAUAAAUCAGUUAUGAAAAAAUUUAUUUAAUAAAAUUGAUCUUGUUAGAGCAAAUCAUGACCAAUGGAAAACAGAAAACAAAUGGAUAUAUCUGUGAGAAAUAAAAAUCUUGCGUCCAUAAACCAUGAACUUUUAAAUGUACAUGUAAGUAUAUUUCAAUUCAAAAUAGCGACAUUCAAUAUGGUGGAAGAAAGAAAAUUUAUGAAAUCUUUGAUUUCUCCUUUUGUAAAUAUUUAUUUCAAUUGCUUUAUCAUCCAAAUUGGUUUUUAGAGAUAUUUUAGAUCACUGAUUGCAAUUCUGUUAUCAGAUAUGUCAAAUUUAAGAUGGUGGAUCUAAUACGGCGGUCAAAAAUGUUUUAAGUCAAUCAAAUUUACUGAAAUUUAUUAUAUAAAGGUUUUUUGGGUUGUUAAUUACAAAUCUGGCAUAAUAUUUGAAUUUAAGAUGGCAGAUCUAAUAUGGCGGGUGAAAAUGUUUGAAGUUAAUCAAAUUUAAUGAAAAUUACUGUAUGGGAUUUUUUUAGGUCGCUGAUUACGAAUCUGGCAUCAAAAUAUUCAAACUUAAAAUGGCGAUUUGAGGUUUUUUACAUCGCUGAUUGCAAUCCUGUUUUUCUUGAUCUUGUGUUUCAUCAUUUUUGGUGACGUCACAUUUUUUGACGCUAAAAAUAAACUUUAAACAUAAAAAAAUAUUUAGAUUGCAAAGUAAAUUCUAAGAAUGUACGAGAAAUAAUAUACUAAUCUAGAUAUAACAGGUCCGUUCUAAUAAUAUACGAAUAAUGAUAUAUUAUAUAAGAUAUUAUAAGAAUAUUCUCAGUACAUUAUAUACGUACGUUCACAGUAUGAGUACAAGAUAUUCUAAUGAUAUCAUGUGCUAUGUGGGUAUAUUAUACCAUAAAACAUUCCAAUUUCCAGCAAUAAUAUUAUCAGAAAAGACAUCACCAAAUUCAAUCAAGAAA